AUGUUAGAGCAUAUUCUACCAUUUAAACUUAUUUUGAAAGAAUAUGCUGCAAGGGAUGCUAACUACGAAUGGUUGCCUUCUGAUGAGAAUUGGAUUAAAGCUGAAAAAAUAUGCAAGUUUUUUUUGGUGUUUAAUACAACAUCUAAACUAUUUUCAGGAACCAAGUAUCCAACAGCAAAUUUUAUUCAAGUUUGGAGUGUGAAACACAUGUUGAACACACAUCUUGCAAGUGACGAUGAGUACAUGAGGAAAAUGGCAGCAACUAUGUCUAUUAAAUUUGAUAAAUAUUGGGGUGAUUGCAACAUGUUGAUGUCAAUUGCUUCUGUCUUGGAUCCUCGUUACAAAAUGGAGUUUUUGAAGUUCAUUUUUCCUCAACUUUACAAUGUUGUAGAAAGUCAAGAUCAUCUCAAGAAGAUUAUGGAAGUGCUCAAAUAG